GAAAGAUUAUAUGAUGCACGGACCGUGUGAGAGUGCAAGAAAGAAUUCACCGUGCAUGAUAAAUGAUCAGUGUUCUAAACACUUUCCAAAGAGAUUUGUUGAGCACACCACUUUGGAUGAGGAUGGAUAUCCAGUAUAUAGACGAAGAAAUGAUGGAAGGACAAUAUCCAAAAAUGGAGUAGAUUUGGAUAAUAGAUAUGUGGUGUCGCAUAAUAGAUAUUUAUUGCUCAAGCAUGCAACACAUGUGAAUGUUGAGUGGUGCAAUCAGUAUAGGUCUAUCAAAUAUUUGUUUAAACAUGUAAACAAAGGUAAUGAUAGAAUAACUGCGACAUUCUACUAAAGUGCUGGUGGAGAUGAUACGAAUGCCAAUGUUGAUGAGGUAAAGAUGUAUUAUGACUGUAGAUAUAUUUCAUCAUGUGAAGCUGCUUGGAGAACUUUAGGAUUUGAAAUCCAAUAUAGAAAUAUUGGUGUGGAGAGGUUGAGUUUUCAUUUGCCCAAUGAGCAAGUUGUGUAUUUUAAUGAUUUGGAACCGAUAAACGAAGUUCUUGAGAAACCAACUGUGAAAGAAAGCACGUUCCUUGCUUGGUUUAAGGCAAAUGAAAUGUACCCGGAAGCACGAGACUUGACUUAUGCUGAAAUGCCAACCAAAUUUGUCUGGAAGAAAGCUACUUGAGAAUGGGUGCCAAGAAAAAAGAAUUUUGUCAUUAGUAGACUAUAUUAUGUUCCACCAAAUCAUGGUGAGCUUUUUUAUCUUAGGUGCCUUUUGAAUUUUGUUCGUGGUCCAACAUGCUUUGAAGAUAUUAUGAAGGUUGAUGGUGUCCAGUAUAAUACUUUUCGUGAUGCUUGUUAUACCUUGGGCCUUUUAGAAGAUGAAAAAGAAUAUGUAGAUGCAAUUAAAGAAGCAAGUUUUUGGGCAACUACAUAUUUAUUACGUAGGCUUUUUGUUGCUCUAUUAGUUUGUGAUUGUCUAAGUAGGCCAGAAGAGGUUUUGGAGAAGUGUUGGACUUUUUUGUCAGAAGACAUCCUUCAUAAACAACGUUUGAUGCUUAAUCAUCCAGAUCUCACAUUAACGGAUGUGGAAGUGAAGAACCUUGCUUUGUUUGA